UAUCUGAACUAGUCUCUGCAUGUGCAUUUGUUCUGAAGCACGCAAUGAAAUUCUUAAAGUUCUCAUGAGACUGGCUGUGGAAGGAUAUUACACAUGCCAGCGUCGAAGUUUGUUCAAAAAGACCUCACUCCUCUUCUCUACCAUCCGUGUCUCUUACGCUGAUGUUUCGCUUCUUCUAGGAAAUCUAACAAUGAAGCUGUUGGAGGUUUGUAAGGUCAUCGCCGUAGAGCUUGAUCCUCGCAUGGUGUUGGAGGUCACCCGGCGCGUUCAGGGCACUCCUUGUGCAAAUAAGCUCCAGGUUAUACAAUGCUAUAUUUUGAAAACGGAACUACCUUACUUCGAUGUGUGUGUUGCCAACGUACCAUAUAUGAUCUCGUCUCCAAUCACUUUUAAGCUGUUGUCCCACCCGCCACUCGUCCGCUGCGCAGUCAUUUUGUUUCAGGAGGAGUUCGCACAGCACUUGGUUGCUCAGCCUGGAGACUCGCUCUUCUGCCGGCUUUCAGCCAAUACGCAGCUAUUGGCUCGUGUCUUUCAUCUCUUGAAGGUGGGCAAGAACAACCUCCGGCCACCUCCAAAGGUAGAUUCGUCAGUAGUUCGGAUUGAGCCUCGUAAUCCCCUGCCUCCCAUCAAUUUCAUUUGUAUUUAGGAUUUUAAAAUAAAUAUUAUAUUCUUUUAAAAACUUCUUUAAUCUUCUAUAGUAAUAUGAUAAUGAAAGAUUUUAUAGAAUC